UGGCGCUACAUGGCGCUACGCCACUUGCUCAGUGCAAAUCGACGCACUGAAGGUGUCAGUUGGCUCCCGACGGUUCUACUCUCAGCUCCCACAGCCGACGCAACUCUCAGCGAAUUUGACGCAAAUUUUGAAACGUCAGCAACUUUUGAUCCAAGGGCGUGGCAUCGACAGCAAUCGAGCAACAGGAUGCUGGCUCUGCCUGUGCUGAUUUUGGCAAUCCUCGCCAGCUGCGGCUACUCCGUGGAGGCCUACUCGAAAUACGGCCGUGGAUGCGGUGACAUUGGAUGCCUGCCCACCGAGGAGUGCGUCAUCACCAGCGACUCGUGCAGCUACAACCAGCGGGAUGGAAAGGACUGCGGCAACUAUCCCACCUGCAAGCGCCGCUCCGGCGGAGGAUCAUCCUCGGCCUCGAACAGCAGCCCCAAUUUGGCCGCCCCCUCGGCCAAUCCGUCAGGCAGCGUCCUCAACCCAGGCUAUCCCAUGCACGGCCUGCAGCCGGUGAAUCCCUACAAUCCGCCCUUCGUCUUUGGCCAGCUGCCGUUCUACGGCGGCGGCGGACCGACCGGCACCGGUGGACCGCCCGGCGGCGGUGGAGGCGGUAAUGGCGGCAUCGUCGGCGGCGGCGGCGGCGGUGGAGGCAACGGAGGCAUCGGCGGCGGCGUCGGACUGCCCAGCUCGACGCUGGGCAUCCUUGGCGGCGGCGGCGGCGGCCUGGCGCCCUACGGCAGCAACUUCCAGGGCUACCAGAGCCAGCACUCCAAUGCGAAUAUGUACAACAAACCGCCGCCGCAGUACCAGAACCAGAACCAACAGAACCCGUACAACCGGCGCACCCAGGCGCAUCCCUCGGCAGCCAGCAGCUUGGGCGGCGGUGGAGGCGGUAUCCUCGUCCUGGCCAUGGGACUCGUCCUGGCCGGCCUACUGCCCUACACGUAAUAAGCAGGAGCAGCAGCACACAAUACCAGCCCCGACGACCCCCUGGAAAAUUAAGCCUUUCGAUAUGUUCACCAUAACCAUCGCGGAAUGAGACCAUUUUCACUGAACUUUCAUACUUAUGGCCUUUUGACACUGGCUUUGUUUGGGAUUUAUUUGAAAAAGCCAUGAUCAGCUGGAGAUAAGGGUCAUACAUCCGAAAAACAUUUAUGAAUUUAUAUAUUAAACAAACAUAGGUUGCCUUGACUUUUAAAAAUAAAUUCAGACCUUUACCCAGUGCCAUAACCAAACAUUUUUGUAAAAGCCUUAUAACACUGUCUUUGUUUUGAAUUUAUUUUAAAAACUCAUGGUCACCUAGAAAAGAGGUUUUACUACCUAACAGAAUUCUAUGAAUGCAAUAUAUUAAAUCAAGUUGGGUUGCCUUGAAUUUUAAAAAUAAAUCCAGACCUUUACCCAGUGCCAUAAGGCCUUUACCAAACAUUUUUGUAAAAGCCUUAUAACACUGUCUUUGUUUUGAAUUUAUUUUAAAAACUCAUGGUCACCUAGAAAAGAGGUUUUACUACCUAACAGAAUUCUAUGAAUGCAAUAUAUUAAAUGAAGUUUGGGUUGCCUUGACUUUUAAAAAUAAAUCUAGACAUCUAGUAAAAAAUCAAGCAAGUGUCAUAAGGUCUUUACCACAAAUCAAAAUAUUAAGCCAUUGGUUCGGCAUUUUUCUAAGCCUUUCAAUCCCAAAUUAAAAUAAAUAUCAAAAAAUAAUAAGUGAAAAUGGCAACUCUUCCGUAGCUUAUGUGUUUAAUUUUUUGGUUCUCUUCGUUUCCCGUUUUCUCCUGAUUUUUCUCAACCUUUUUCGUUUGAAUAUUUUUUUUUGGCUUAGGCUUAAGAAAAAUGUAAAGGCAAUGGCAGUGGCAGUUAAAUUAGCAAAUGAAUAAUGUACAAUUUUAAAAAAGUUAGUCAUGCACAAGAAAUUAGGAAAUUUCUUUUACCCCUUUCAGAAAGGAACAUAUAUUUUUUCAAUUUCCUGUCAGGUUUUAAGAAAUAUGGAAGUUUUUUUUUCGUUAUAACUGUUAGAAUUCGUAAAUAAUUUACUUGUGGUUUUGUUUGACCGGAAGGGCAAUAUGUAUGCUUUUCUUUCCUAGCAGUUCCUUCGGAAAACAAUAAAAGCACUCACAGAAUGAUAACUUUUCGUAGCUUUGCACAACAAUUCAAAGGUUGUAUUUUAAUUACACCAUAAGCUGUAAGCCUUUGCCGCCUCUCGUUUCUCGUAUUUUGGCAUUUUUUCUCGGCAGCCUUUUGCCGUCUGGCCCACACUGCGAAUACGUAAUUUCAAUUUAAUGUUGUGCAGGGUGUGUCUGUGUGUGUGUGAGUUCAAUAUAUGUGAGGGUGUGUGUGCGAGUGUGUGUUUUGGACUAUCAGUCAAGGGGAACUGCUCGUCGGCCCCUGGGAGUUGCUCUUUUUUGCAGCUCAAUUAAAUUGGAAUUUAAUUUCGGGCUUAGACAGCCAGCCUCUGGUCAAAGGGGGCGUGGCAAAGUCUGACCAACACACAGACACUCACACACACACACACACACACACAUGGUUGGGCAACUUUGAUGUUAAUUUCAUUUUUGUUGAUGUUACGAAUUUGCGGCCAGACUCUGGCGAAUCCGGGGAUUUCGAUGAUGUUAGCAGUGCUGCCACUGCUGCUGCAGUCAAAAAUACAGAAAAAUACAUAAAACCCAGAUACUUAGAUGGAUAGUGUUGUAGAUACAAGAUACGCAUGUCAAUCAAAAUGCAUAAUGAGCUACAUUCGAGGGCAGUGCACCAAGUGCAGCAGAUUGAUUUUGUUUUUUUUUUUAUACGAUUACGAAUAUGAAUAAAUAAUCACUGAUGCAAAUUGAA